CUUAAAGUAUACUUUGAUCAUUUUCAUAUUCUCAUCAAACCUAACAAACCUUUUCUUGAUAACUAUGGCAGAGGAAACCAAGAACGUAGUUCAUGAGCAGGAGGUGCCAAAGGUAACGACCGAGGAAUCAUCAGCGGAGGUCACGGAUCGAGGACUGUUUGAUUUCUUGGGGAAGAAGAAGGAGGAAACAAAACCUGAGGAGACCAUCGACUCUCAGUUUGAACAUAAAGUUCAUAUCUCAGAGCCAGUGGUGCCUGAGGUUAAACACGAGGAAGAAGAGAAAAAGCAUAGUCUCCUCGAGAAGCUUCACCGAAGCGACAGCUCUUCUAGCUCCUCAAGCGAGGAAGAAGGGGAAGAUGGUGAGAAGAGGAAGAAGAAGAAGGACAAGAAGAAGACUGCUACUACUGCUGAAGGAGAGGUGAAAACAGAGGAGGAGAAGAAAGGGUUUAUGGAUAAGCUGAAGGAGAAGCUUCCAGGACAUGGAAAGAAGCCUGAAGAUGCUUCACCCGCCGCACCGGUUGUUGCUCCUCCGGUGGAGGAAGCGCAUCCGGCGGAGAAGAAGGGGAUUCUGGAGAAGAUCAAGGAGAAGCUUCCAGGGUACCAUCCCAAGACCGUGGAUGAGGUGAAGAAGGAAAAGGAGACUGAUUAAGAAGAAGAAGAAAAAGAUGAUCAUUAAGUAUGAAAUGAUGAUGAUGCGUUUUUGUGAUAAUGCUUUUGUUAUGCAUUAAGUUUGUUGGCUUUUAUGUUUUUGAUUUUACAGUUUCCUUUUCUCUCCUCUUUGUUAUGUUUUGUAUAUGCUUUCAAGGUGUUUUAAUGGUUAUGAAUGUUUUCAUUUUGAAAAAACAAAGUUUUCAUUUCUUUU